UUAGGCAACAUGUCUAAGGGACCAGCAGUUGGUAUCGACCUGGGAACCACCUACUCCUGUGUAGGUGUGUUCCAGCAUGGCAAAGUGGAAAUCAUUGCCAAUGACCAGGGCAACAGGACCACUCCCAGCUAUGUGGCCUUCACAGACUCCGAGAGGCUGAUCGGAGAUGCAGCCAAGAACCAGGUCGCCAUGAACCCCACCAACACAGUCUUUGAUGCCAAACGGCUGAUUGGCCGCAGGUUUGAUGACCAUGUUGUCCAGUCCGACAUGAAGCAUUGGCCAUUUAACGUUAUCAAUGACAACACCCGCCCCAAGGUCCAAGUAGAGUACAAGGGAGAAUCAAAAUCCUUCUACCCAGAGGAAAUUUCCUCCAUGGUGCUCACAAAGAUGAAGGAAAUUGCUGAAGCCUACCUUGGAAAGACGGUCAACAAUGCUGUCAUCACAGUACCUGCCUACUUCAACGAUUCCCAGCGUCAGGCCACAAAAGAUGCCGGCACCAUCUCUGGGCUCAACGUUCUACGUAUCAUUAAUGAGCCGACAGCAGCUGCCAUCGCCUACGGGCUGGACAAGAAGGUUGGGGCAGAAAGAAAUGUCCUGAUCUUCGAUCUUGGCGGCGGCACCUUCGACGUGUCCAUCCUGACCAUCGAGGACGGCAUCUUUGAGGUCAAGUCCACGGCCGGAGACACCCAUCUGGGCGGGGAGGACUUCGACAACCGCAUGGUGAACCACUUCAUCGCCGAGUUCAAGCGCAAGUACAAGAAGGACAUCAGCGACAACAAGAGGGCCGUGCGGCGCCUGCGCACCGCCUGCGAAAGGGCGAAGCGCACCCUGUCCUCCAGCACCCAGGCCAGCAUCGAGAUCGACUCCCUGUACGAGGGCGUGGACUUCUACACCUCCAUCACCAGGGCCCGCUUCGAGGAGCUGAACGCCGACCUGUUCCGCGGCACCCUGGACCCCGUGGAGAAGUCCCUCCGCGACGCCAAGAUGGACAAGGGCCAGAUCCACGACAUCGUGCUGGUCGGGGGCUCCACCCGCAUCCCCAAGAUCCAGAAGCUGCUGCAGGACUUCUUCAACGGGAAGGAGCUCAACAAGAGCAUCAACCCAGAUGAAGCUGUGGCUUAUGGAGCCGCUGUCCAGGCCGCCAUCCUCUCCGGGGACAAGUCUGAGAACGUGCAGGACCUCCUGCUGCUGGACGUCACGCCUCUGUCUCUGGGCAUCGAGACGGCCGGCGGCGUGAUGACGGUUCUGAUCAAACGCAACACCACGAUCCCCACCAAGCAGACGCAGACCUUCACCACCUACUCCGACAACCAGCCCGGCGUGCUCAUCCAGGUGAGGCUCCACCAGACUCACUCCGCCUCCAGAGCGUUUCGCUGUGAUGACGUUUAUGAGGGAGAGAGAGCCAUGACCAAGGACAAUAACCUCCUGGGCAAGUUCGAGCUGACGGGGAUCCCCCCCGCCCCCCGCGGCGUCCCCCAGAUCGAGGUCACCUUCGACAUCGACGCCAACGGCAUCAUGAACGUCUCCGCCGUGGACAAGAGCACCGGCAAGGAGAACAAGAUCACCAUCACCAACGACAAAGGUCGCCUCAGCAAGGAGGACAUUGAGCGCAUGGUGCAGGAGGCGGAGAAAUACAAGGCGGAGGACGACGUGCAGCGCGACAAGGUGUCGGCCAAGAACGGGCUGGAGUCGUACGCCUUCAACAUGAAGUCCACCGUGGAGGACGAGAAGCUCGCCGGCAAGAUCAGCGACGACGACAAACAGAAGAUCCUGGACAAGUGCAACGAGGUCAUCGGGUGGCUGGACAAGAACCAGACCGCAGAGAGGGAUGAGUAUGAGCACCAGCAGAAGGAGCUGGAGAAGGUGUGCAACCCCAUCAUCACUAAGCUGUACCAGAGUGCGGGGGGCAUGCCGGGGGGGAUGCCCGAGGGGAUGCCGGGCGGAUUCCCAGGGGCCGCCGGUGCCGCCCCCGGGGGGGGGUCCUCCGGCCCCACCAUCGAGGACGGCCGCCAAGAGGCCCCCCAACCCCCCCCCCCCCCCCCCCCCCCCCACCCCAACACACACGCCUCCCCGAGAUGUUUUCUAAGAAAAAAAACCCUCUUACAGCACGUUACAUCAGGCGUAAGAGCGAAUCUCCACAGGUAA